UGGAUGAAAGGAGCUGGAGUGGAGGUUUGGUCUUCUCAAAAUCCUGUGCGGGCAGAGUGCUGAGCAAGGGUAUGUGAGGAAUGCAGCAGGAGACGGGCACCUCCUUGGUGAGAGGCAGCUAGCAGGGAGACUGCAUCUGAAUACAGAAACUUGUUUGAUCUUCCCCUGCAACGCAGGACACACCCACAACUCUUCCUCAGAACAAGGCUUGGCUUUUGGAAGUCAGCCCUACCAGGUAAACAUUGCAGCUGCCGAGGGAGACAGUUUCAGCAGCUUCACACUCCAGUCUCAAGUUUGACUUUGAGGGAAACCUGAGCUGAAGAGCUGCCACAGUGGUCAACGAACCAUUGUCCGCCUCAGACCAGAAGGCGUUUGGGCUGGGAGUGCGGAGUCGCAGCAGAGCAGUGAGUGAGGAGUGUGGGGUCUCGGAGGAGGCAGCAAGUGAGCAGGCUGGAGAUGUGGGGUGUCGGCAGGAUGGUGGACCCAUUGCCUUGAAUUAGGAACUGAAGUAGAAGGAAAUUUGAAAGAACCAUGAUGUCUCUUGGUACCAGAAAAGAAGGCGUUACUCCACCCAAUGAAGAAGAUCGCAAGAAGAUCAUCAGGCAGAUGAAGGUACGCACCACACUAAAAGAGGAUAAGAGCUGGAUCCACGCUCAAAACUCAGACAAUGAGGAAGAGAUGAAGAACAGCCCAUUGUCGCCAGGUUCUAAGCCUACCUCCGGUUAUCUCAUCAGGGGGGUGUUCACUAGGACCAUCGACAAGACUCCACCCAAGAGGACCUCCUACUCCAAUGGCACACAGAAAAGUGCUGCAGCUCAGGCACAGAGUUCCAGUCUCCCCUGCGUCUCCUCUGGAUACAAGAUGACAACUGAGGAUUACAAGAAACUGGCUCCGUUCAAUGUCAGGCAAACAUCAGUGGAGUCAGAUGAAGAGGAACAAUCUUUUUCCAUAGAUGAACAUAAAAAGAGGGCAGAGGCAGCCAACAGUGUACUGAGGCGCACAGCGAGCAGGGAGCGCUCUUAUGUCCUCUCUGCUGCCAAGAAAAGCAAUGGAAGCCCAACUCAAGAAGUAUCACCCUUCAUUGCCAAGAGGGUUGAGAUUGAGGAGGAAGGAGGACCACGCAUGCAAAGUCAGACCCUUCCAGCUUCGUCGCGGUUCAGUCCUGGUGGUAAAAGUACAAAUGGAGAGAGCAAGAGCCCAAAUGAGUCUUCCUGGAGUAAGCCAAAGCCAAUGGCUGCUGAUUACACCACAAGCUUUGACGCAGACAGUAAGAGCCAAGCCACCAGACUCUGGAAUAAAAGCACAUCACAGAUCCCUAGUUACACUGAAAGCAGUGACAAAGGGGAUGAGGAGGAGCCUGUGGGGACAUCUCAACGUGAAGCAACACUAUCCAAAUCUACCCUGGCUACAGGCAGAAGUCACAAUCCAGUUAAAGAGGAGCCUGACCUGAUCUUCUGGGAUGAAUCGGUUCCCAAAGCCACUACCAUUUCCACAGGAAAAAGUGAAAAAGAGGAAAGGACCCUCAAACCCACAGUGUGUGACUCCAUUUCUUCCGAGGAGAGCCAUGAAACAAGAACACAGACUACAAUGUUUGACCAAAAAUCUGAAGUUCCCCUCAGUAUCAUCUCCCUGGAAACAGUCCACAAGGGGUCUAACUUGUAUUUUAGAGACAAUACAUCUGAUCCGGUGAUUGAGACAUGCCAUCAGUACAGGGGCCCUGAAUACAUGGAGGACAUGAAUUCCAACCUCACAAGAUCCAACUCCCAAUCCAGAGACAUUUUCACACAUCCCACUGAUACCAGAUUCAUAGCCGCUGGAUACCUGGGUGAUACAGAAUGUGACCCUAAAAGAUCCGUCUCUGGCUAUGAGGAGAGAAGCCCCACAGUAGAUAUUGAAUCGGAGGGUACCAGAGGCACUGAACACAGAGAGCCUGAAUGGAAUGCAGCAAAGCUUUCUGCCUUGGAGGGCAUUACAGAGCAUGCUGAGAAGAACAUGUCUACAACCCGAGCUGAGUGUCCUCCUACAAGAAAGCACACUGACCUGCACCUGAACAGAGCACAGAUUGACCCAGAUUAUGAAGAGAGACCUUCAACUAGCGGAGAAACCAGUCAGGAGAGUCCUCAAGCCAGGAGGCACAAGGAGCUUGACCUCAACUCAGCAAGCAAAGGGAUCCUCUUUGUGAAGGAAUAUGUGAACAGCCGUGAAUUAUCUUCCACUCCACACUACAGCAGUGGCAGUCUGGUUGAUUUGUCUGAGAAAGAGAGAGCAAGCUACAGUAAUGCCAGCUACCUGCACAGCAGUGCUGCCCCAAGGUCAUGUGAAGGAGUCUGCACUUACUGUGGCCGUGAGAUCCGAGAUUGCCCUAAAAUAAUGAUAGAACAUCUCAAUGUUUACUGCCAUGAAUACUGCUUUAGGUGUGGGAUUUGCCAUAAGGCAAUGGGUGACCUCCUGGAUAAAAUAUUUAUUCAUCGUGACAUUGUCCACUGUGACCAGUGCUAUGAGAAGCUUUUCUAGGUCUUGAAAAACUGAAGGAGCCAGUCUGUUGGAAGACUUCUUCAGCAAUAUGUAUGGGAUUGCAUCCAGCAGUGCAUGACUGGCUGACUAAGAUACCAAAUCUCCUGCUCCCCCUUUCCUGGAGUUAUUUUCCUCUCACCAUCUCAUCACAAUGGAUGAGUUUAACAUCCACUAGUUUAUUUUGUCAUCAGCACACAAGAGACGUGCCAACAUUAAGAAGAAAAGGCAGUGUCCUCUGCAAAAAAGAAAUGUCCUGAUUUUUCAAAGCUUCUGAGUACUCCAGCUACCAUUAACUUCAGUGGAAUUUGUGGGUACUCAGCAACCAGGAAAUCAGAAGCAUAUCUCUGAGGCUGAUGUGCUAGGAUUCUCUUUUAUCUUCGCUUUUAUUUGAUUUUUAUAGUAGGCACACAUCUGCAUCUGAUGCCAUCAGUCAGGCUGCCAAUAGGUAAUAGAGGUGUGAAAGCCCAAGCUUAGGGCCAUGGAAAUGUAUCCAGGCUGAAUCUAGCUGUAGGAGAGGCUUCAUCUCCAUAUUCUGAGGGAAAAUAACAAUUGCUUCCCUCUUGUCUGCAAUGGAUUUUCUGAAGAACCUGGAGACUGGCUUUGCCUUAAUUGCAUGUCAGGUUCAGUUUCCCUUCUUUUCCUGUUCUUUUGGGGUUUCCUUUAGCAGCACACAUGUCUGCUGCAUGUUUUGAAGAACUUGCACAUUUUUUCACUUGGAAUUCUAGUUUAACUUUGAGUGCAGUGACUGAUGUACACAAUCACAAACUGAGGUGGUAACAAGAGUUGUACAUAACUAAAAAUAGGGAUCUCAAGUAAUUUUUAGCUCCCAUAUUCAGACUUUGAGAAUUAUGCCAUUAAAAUUGUUGAUCAGCAAACCCUGAAUACUUAGCCAUCUUACUUUAAAAUAUAGCUCCAAGUAUGGAGGAAAAUAUAUUGUAUUAUCUUAGAAAGCAAUAGAGCUAAUACGGAGACAAUAAUUACCUAUGAAACGCUUUAUGUGCCCUGUGAUAGGGGCUGACAUGCAUGCAAAAGCCCAGCAACGUAACCUUUUCUAGAGCACAGUGCUUCACAACCUCUUCUAGCAGUCGUGCUUAUUAAUCAGGCAUGAGGGCAUGAUCCUAGGAGCACUCCCUAAGUAGAACUCCCAUUGAAAUCAGUAAGAGUUCUGCCCCUGGAACGCAUGUAAGUUCUGACCUUAAAAUUGUGGCUGUAUCUGUGGCUUGGGGAACCAAGGCAACAAUGAGGAUUUGAGCAGGCACAGCUGAACAUGAGGUGUCUCAUGUUGGACACCUCAAAAUUGAGGUACCCCAAAUCACUGAUCACUUUUGAAAAUCUUGGCUUGAAGAACCUUGGGAAUCACUGGAAGAGUAGCUAGGACAAGAUAGUGAUAGAAAUGUAGCUGUGUUAGUCUGGUGUAGCUGAAACAAAAUACAGGAAUAUGUAGCACUUUAAAGACUAACAAGAUGGUUUAUUAGAUGAUGAGCUUUCG